GUUGCCAGGCGACGAGAGGACGCGCCGAGCGCCGGAUUCCGGCCCUGAGCCGGCCAUGGGGAUAACGUGUCGCUGUUUUAGACCCUGAGGAGAGAGCACAGCCCCUUCUCCAGACUCCGGCCCAGUGUCUGCGGUCUCCACAGCAGCCCCUGAGGCCGCCCCAGAGAGCGUCAAGAUGGCCGAGGAUAAGGGUGAAAAGCUAGUGCUGGAAGAAACUGCAUUUGAGGAAAUCGAAAGAGAUUUUCAGGUGGUUCUUGGUGAACUUUCAGGAGAUAAAAGUCUGGACAAAUUUAGGAUUGAAUAUGAGAAACUUCAUGCCAUCCUGAAAAAGUCUUACGACAAUGAGAAGCGUCUGAUGGCCAAAUGCAGAGAGCUAAAUGCAGAGAUUGUGGUUAACUCUGCGAAGGUUGCCACUGCCCUGAAGGUCUCACAGGAUGAUCAGACCACCAUUGCAUACCUGAAGAAGGAAGUUGAAAAGGCCUGGAAGAUGGUGGACUCAGCCUAUGAUAAGGAGCAGAAGGCGGAGGAGACGAUUCUUGCCCUGAAAGAGGAAAUAGUGAACAUGACCAAACUAGUCGAGCAAGGGUCUGGACUGACAUUGGACCAAGAUAGCAAUAUCCGAGAUUUACUGAAGUUCAAAGAAGAAGUGACAAAAGAGCGAGACCAGCUCUUGUCAGAAGUGGUGAAAUUACGAGAGGCCUUAGCUCAGACCACUGGACAGCAGCAGGAAACAGAGAGAUCGAAAGAAGAGGCAGAGCAAGUCAUCAGUCAGUUUCAGCAAGAAAUCCAGCAACGUCAGAAUGAAGCUUCGCGGGAGUCGCGGAAGAAGGAGAAGCUGGAGAAGGAGCUCAAGCAGAUCCAGGUGGACAUGGACAGCAGGCAGGCAGAGAUCAAGGCCCUGCAGCAGUAUGUGCAGAAGAGCAAGGAGGAGCUCCAGAAGCUGGAGCAGCAGCUGAAGGAGCAGAAGAUAUUGAAUGAGAGAGCUGCAAAGGAACUCGAGCAGUUUCAGAUGAGAAAUUCGAAGCUUCAGCAAGAGAACGAACAGCACAGUUUGGUUUGUGAGCAGUUAACCCAGGAAAACCAGCAGAAGGCGUUGGAGCUCAAAGCCAAAGAGGAAGAAAUCCAUCUGAUGCGCCUCGACAUCGGGAAGCUCAACAAAAUCAGGGAACAAAUCCAUAAGAAGUUGCACCAGACUGAAGAUCAAAAAGCAGAAGUGGAGCAGAACAGAGAAACCCUGAAAAAUCAGAUCUUGGGAUUUGAGAGAGAGUUGGAGACUUCAAAGAAACAAGCAGAACUCGAUAAGAAAGCCCUGGAUGAGCUUCUGAGAGAAAGGGACAUACUAAAUAAGAAUAUGCUUAAGGCGAUCAGUGCCACCCAGAAGCAGACGGACCUGGUGAAGCUCCAUGAGCAAGCCAAGAGGAAUCUGGAGGAAGAAAUCCAGAACUACAAGAGCGAGGCUCAGAAGCAGAGAAAGAUUAUCUUUCAGCUGGAAAAGGAGCGAGAUCGGUACAUCAACGAAGCCAGUGACCUCACUCAAAAGGUCCUCAUGAACAUGGAAGACAUUAAAAUCCGUGAAAUGCAGAUAUUUGACUACAGGAAAAAAAUAGCUGAAUCAGAGAGCAAAUUAAAACAGCAACAGAAACUGUACGAAGCUGUGAGGUCAGACAGGAACCUGUAUAGCAAAAGUCUGGUUGAAGCUCAGGGUGAAAUCACAGAAAUGAAGAAGAAGUUAAAGAUUAUGACCCAUCAGGUAGAUCAGCUGAAGGAAGAAAUCUCUGCCAAAGACUCAGCCCUUGAGAAACUGAAUCUGGAACAGCAGCGAAUAGAAAAAGAGAAGGAAACCUUGAAGGCCGAGCUGCAGAAGCUGAGACAACAAGCUCUGGAGACCAAACAAUUCAUUGAAAAGCAAGAAGCUGAAGAGAGAAAACUGUUGCGGAUCAUUGCUGAGGCUGAUGGGGAGCGGUUGAGGCAGAAGAAGGAAUUAGACCAGGUCAUCAGCGAGAGAGACAUCCUCGGGUCGCAACUUGUCCGGCGCAAUGACGAGUUAGCUUUGCUCUAUGAGAAGAUCAAGAUCCAACAGUCUGUCCUGAAUAAAGGCGAGAGCCAGUAUAACCAGAGGGUGGAGGACAUGAGAAUCCUCAAGCUUGAGAUAAAUAACCUGCGCCGGGAAAAGGGGAUUCUUGCCAGCAGUGUGGCUAAUGUUGACAAACUCAGGCGGGAGCUUUUUCACAUGCAAAGAGAAUUCCUGAAGGAGAGGACACGGUGCCGGGCCCUGGAGGAGGAGCUGCAGAACCCCAUGAACGUGCACAGAUGGAGGAAGCUUGAGGCCAGUGACCCCAGUACCUUUGAGCUGAUACAGAAAAUUCACACCCUGCAGAAGCAUCUCAUCAGCAAGACUGAAGAGGUGGUUGAAAAAGAGCUGCUCCUUCAGGAAAAGGAGAAACUGUAUGUGGAACUAAAGCAUGUCUUGGCCCGGCAGCCUGGCCCAGAGGCUGCGGAACAGCUGCAGAUCUACCGGCACACGCUGCGGGAGAAGACCAAGCAGCUGAAAGUUUUGUCUUCAGAAUUGAAUAUGUAUGAAUCACAGAGCCAAGAAUAUAAGUACGAGAUUGAGAAACUCACCAAUGAACUGAUGAAUUUAAAGAAGAAGUAUCUCGCUCAGAAACGUAAAGAACUCAUUCAGAGAAACAGAGACAGGAUACACGUGGACAGCACCUUCUCAAUGGCCAAGCCAACUGGACCUCGUUUUACCGGGGGUGGAUUUCCCCUUGACAAGUUUUCCAAGGUGAAAUCCUAACUUGCAGCUGCUGGCUGAGUCCAUUUCAGCGGCUCAUGAAACUUGCUCUGGAACAUUUUGGAGGAAUCUCUUUCAGAACCCCUUGGAUCACAGAUAUCUAGGAAAAUCAGGUGCUCAGAUUUCCGGAUGGAAAGAAAUGCAGAAACACUGUAGAUGUGAACCUGUUAAGAGCAAUGACGUUUUACCUGGUCCGCAUGGAUAUUAACAGAUUGCAAUGCUAUAUUCAAUCAGGCUGACCCAUUGCGUGAAGCAAAUCUUUUAUUUCCACCAAGUUGAUUGAUUUGAAAUGCACCAGGUCUAGACACUCCAUAUGGAUGAAGCUUUGCAUUUUAAUUUCUCCAUUAUAGACAUUGGUGAACUUGAAGAUUUCAUCUUUAAAUAAUAUUUUUUGAAAUGCAACUCAUCCCCUCAUCCUUUAUUAAUAACAAUGUUUUAAUUAUUCUUCAUUAACAAGUCAUAGCAUGUGAUGAGAAAGAAGGACAAAUUUGCAAGUAUUUUUGACAAAGUGUUAUGAGAAUGAUUUCUAUGUGGAAUUUCUUUUCAGGCCACGGGAAAAUCCAUUUCAUAGAGACAUAUCAAUAAAUACUGCAUCAUAAAAAAGGGAACCUUUGUAGAGAUUUUGAUCUUUGCUUUGGUAGAAUACGUAAUUAAAGUUUAAAACUACUGUGAGAAAUGUUUAACACAUGUAUUUGAUUCAGGGGACCCAUGACUAUAAAAUGUGAGGUUUGAGGCUGUAUCUUCCAAAAGACCAUCCUUUAUAGACCUCACACUUAACAGCAAGGUUACUUAGUGCAAGGUUUGGCUCCCAGGCUGCCAGCCAGCAAUUGGAGCCCUUAAAUCCACUACAUUUCCCUUUUGUUAAAACCACAACUAUUUGAGCAUCAGUGCAGUUUCCCCCUCCAGAGUGUCCAUUCAAUAGCAUUGUGUGAGGACUCUCCCACCAUCUCUCUCACAAUAACUUGAACCCUGUAAGUUAAAAAUUAUUGAGGUGUAAGUAGCUCAGGGAUGUACCAGAAGAAUGGGAGCAAAUCACUAGAAUAUCCCCUUUGUAUAAAGAGACAAAGACUCCCAUUGUGAAAAGCAGGAGUGUUGAUGACCCAAGAUGUCUGUGCAGACCACACAGGGAUGUGGCAUCAUCUGUGUAGCCUGUGGUCCAUUUAGUUUGCCAUGUUCCAGUCUCCUCUCUGAGAUAGGGUUCUCCAGAAGCAGACCAAAGAUGCAGUGGCCAUGAAAGUGAUUUAUUAUGAAGCCAUGCCAGGGAAACCAGUGAGAGGGUGGGGUGGGGAAGUGAGAUGGGGAAGGGAAAGAGGCCAAAUAGGGUUGCAAUGUCAAGUCACAUUCCAUGAUGGGAGACUUUGGCUCCGUCUUGCAGGGUUGCCUCCAUGAAGGGUGAGGGAGCUGGGGUAUUUUCACCCCUGUGCUGUAAGUUGUUGGCCGAAGUCAGCUCUGGAGGGACCCUUCAGGUUUUUCUACCAAGGUAGGUGAUGGCAGCUCCGGGAGAAAGAGACUGCAGGUGCUGACUGUUGGGAGUGAGAGUGGUUAAGGGCUCAGGGAGACAUGAGCUGGGCAGUGUCAUCCUCUGCUGCUUUUCCCAAAUGGGUCCAGUGAGACCAUUCCUAUAGAUGGAAAUUAACCGCCGGUGUUGCUGGUGACACUGGCUAGCUGUGAUCAUCAGCUCUUCAGGCAUCGUAGAGCAUUCUGGAGGAUGAAAAUGUAUCCUAAGGAAUUUGCCAGGACCACAGGGGAGCCUUAUCCAUUUUGGGAAAUCACUCAUAAUAGCUUAACCCAGAGUCACUAAUAUUCUAUUUAGACAAAAGACUUUUGCCAUAGGGCAAAGCAGCCGUGGUGCUUUUAUAACAUUGGGGAUGUUUCCUGUCCAUCCAUCCAGAAAUGUUUUGAAGUCUAACCAUGGCCAACUUUAUUCUGAGUGCUUGGGUGGCUUCACAAGAGGUUUACCUUUCUAGGGGAAUGAGGUCUGUGGUUCUUGAUCUACCUCAAUGUGGCCAAGUCUGGAAACAGUGCUGAGUUCAGAUCCUGGCUUAUCUGAAUAAUGGCUGUUUUGAGGCUGAAGUGAGGUAAUGUAUGAAGCUUAGAACAACAUCAGGCACAUAGUAAUUAUUCAGUAAACACUUUCCAUGAUCAUUAUUAUGUAAGAGAUGCCUAAUGUUUUAGAAUUAGAGAAGAAAAGUUGUUACACACUACCUAUCAACUAUAAAAGUGAGUUUAAUCCUUGUUUAGAGGGCAGAUCACACUAAAACGUCUGGAGGAAGCUGGAUCCUAUAAUGUAAUUUAUAAUCAAAUAUCUUCUGGAAGUGCUACAUUGUGCGCCUCAUGAAAAUGUCCAUUUUUCUUAUGCUUGUGAUCUGGGCACAGGUUGACCCUUCCCUUCAGACAUCAGAGCGUUCAGUCUCCUACAUUCUGAGAGAGAAAGAGGCUGGUGUCCUCUGCUGCCCCCUUCUUCCUUUCUCUCCACAUAAAGGUGCAAGGAGGUCGACCUCUGCAGGCGACGGAGGUCCCUGGAGCCAAGGUGGAAGAGGGCUGUGGGAGCUGACACCGUGGAUCUGGUAGACACACUACACCUACGUUCAAGUGGAGGAGGAGUGAAUGAAGGCUGGCAAAGCUGGAAGAUACCACCACUUCCUCUCACUCACUGUAGAUGCUGACAGCCCAGG